GUCUAAGAGACUUUUGCUUGCACACCAGCGUGGACUUGUUGGGUAGGACUCGCACGCGGAUUACAACAGACUGUGCCACCACCAUCGCUAAGCAUAGGCAUAUGCAACCAUUUCAUUAUUGCAGCCAUGUGCAACGGACAGGGCCAAAACCGGGCAACCACAAUUGCGCGAGUGCAUGGGCAUUUCUUUCGAAAUAAGCGGGCCCAGAUUGUAGCAUUACUUGAUUUGUAUUUAACUUAGCUUUCAUACUGCUAAUUAUUUGGCAGGUGGCAAGUAUGUCGACCUUGCUUGCACGGGGCCCUGCGCCCGCAGGCGCUGCCACGACUCGGUCUAGCGCCUCGCUUCGCGCUUGCCGCGGACCUGCUCCGUUCCGCUCUCACUUUCAAAGCGUCGUCGCGAGCGCUGCGCCGGCUGCCCAGGAUGCCCCGGCGCCCGAGAAGCCUCAGAAGCAGCAAAAGCAGCAGCAACAGAAGAAGCAGGGCGGCGGCGGCGGGGGUGGCGGCGGCGGCAAGGCAGCUGAGGCGGCUGUGACGCCCCGCUCGGAGGACUUCUCCAAGUGGUACCUGGACGUGGUGGCUAAGGCCGAGCUGGCGGACUACGGCCCCGUGAGAGGCACCAUGGUCAUCCGGCCCUACGGCUACUCCAUCUGGGAGUCGGUGCAGGGCGUGCUGGACGCGCGCUUCAAGGAGCUGGGGGUGCAGAACGCCUACUUCCCACAGCUCAUCCCCUACUCCUUCAUUACUAAGGAGGCGGAGCACGUGGAGGGCUUUGCGCCCGAGCUGGCGCUGGUGACCAAGGGCGGCGGCAAGGACCUGGAGGAGCCUCUGGUGGUGCGGCCCACCAGUGAGACCAUCAUCAACCACAUGUUCGCACAGUGGGUUCAGUCGUACCGCGACCUGCCUCUGCUGAUCAACCAGUGGUGCAACGUGCACCGGUGGGAGAUGCGCACCCGCCCCUUCGUGCGCACACUGGAGUUCCUGUGGCAGGAGGGCCACACGGCGCACGCCACUGCGGAGGAGGCGGAGGCGGAGGCGCGCGCCAUGAUCGACGUGUACACCCACUUCGCCACACAUACCGCCGCCAUGCCCGUGGUGCCAGGCCGCAAGUCCCGCAUCGAGUCCUUCGCGGGCGCCAACUGCACCUACACCAUUGAGGCCAUGAUGGGCGACAAGCGCGCGCUGCAGGCCGGCACGUCGCACAACCUGGGCACCAACUUCGCCAAGGCCUUCAACACGCAGUACCUGGACAAGGAGGGCAAGAGGCAGCUGGUGCACCAGACGUCCUGGGGCGUGUCCACCCGCAUCAUCGGCGGCGUGAUCAUGACGCACGGCGACGACAAGGGCCUGCGCCUGCCGCCGCGCCUGGCGCCCAUCCAGGUGGUCAUCAUCCCCAUUGUGAAGAAGGAGGAGGACCGCGUGCCGGUCAAUGAGGCGGCGGCGCGGCUGGCGGCAGCGGCCAAGGCGGCAGGCAUCCGCGUCAAGGUGGACAUGGACGAGCGCCAGACGCCCGGCUGGAAGUACAACCACUGGGAGAUGCGUGGCGUGCCGGUGCGUGUGGAGGUGGGGCCCAAGGACGUGCAGAGCGGCACCUGCGUCACUGCCCGCCGCGAUAUGGGCAAGGAGGGCAAGCAGAUGGGCGUGCCCAUGGAGGCAGCCGCAUUCACGGCGCACGUGCAGGGCCUGCUGGACACCAUCCAGGAGGGGCUGCUGGCGCAGGCGCGCGCCUUCCGCGACGACAACAUCGUGGACGUCACCAGCUACGAACAGCUCAAGGCGGCGGUGGCGGAGGGCAAGUGGGCUCGCGGCGGCUGGUCCGGCAGCGACGACGACGAGCGGCGCAUCAAGGAGGAGACGCAGGCCACCCUGCGCUGCUUCCCCUUCGAGCAGCCCGCCGGCCCCCACACCUGCUUCAUGACCGGGCAGGCCGCGGCCGAGGUCGCCAUCUUUGCGAAGUCCUACUAAUAGGAGAAGGGGAGAGCAGGGCACGGCUGAGGCAGCGCACGGCCGAGGAGGGAAGAAGGGCAGAGCAGAUCGGAGCAGAGCAGAGCAGAGAGGGUGCUAGGAGAUGCGGGGAUGAGAAAUCGUGUGCUACGUUGUGUGGUGUGAUGUUGUGGCUUGCGCGCACGCAUGCGCGCACACGCACGGGUGCCAUAGAGUUGUGUUGAGAGGGCACGGCGGCGCUCUCACGGUCAGUGAGUGGGCUGUGCCGGCGGCGUUUGGUCAGCGGGUUCCUGUGAAGGUGGGAGGCUUGCAGCAGUACGGUGAGGGCAAGCAGGCAUGGUGGCCCCGGGGGUGCGGUGCGGUGCUCAUGCGGGUUUGAAGUUUGAAGGCAGGGGUGCGUUGGGGCUUUUGCCCUGCAGGCCGCUGCUGCAGUGUUUGGCGGCGGUGCCGGGCGGCGGUGCGGGUGACGUGGGUGGAUGCACGCGCUGUUGACGGCUUGAACGGCUGGCUUGAAUGGUUGGCUUAAACGGCUGGCAUGAACGGCUGGCUUGAAUGGCUGGCUUGAAUGGUCGGCUUGGAUGGCGGCGUGCUUAUGGUGGUGCCGUGGUGGGCAGUAACCCUACCGCUACGCAGUACCCCGGCUUGCCCCUCCCCCCUCAGGCGCUUGCGCCUGAGCCCAGUGUAACUGUGUAAGGUGGCCAGCAA